UCAAUUCAAAGAUCCUAUUAUUCAGCAAGAAGUAAUGGAAGACAAAACCAGCAGGUUUACCUGCAAAGGAAAACCGGUUUACCAUUUCUUAGGGACCAGUACCUUCUCUCAGUACACUGUCGUAUCAGAUACUAAUCUGGCCAAAAUAGAUGAUGAUGCAAAUUUAGAGAGAGUCUGUCUGCUUGGAUGUGGGUUUUCAACUGGCUAUGGAGCUGCAAUCAACACUGCCAAGGUAAAAUGGUUAAUCACCACGUUCUAUAAAACAGAAGUUAUUAGGGGGCAGCGUGAUAAAGCAGCUAGGAUUAUCUUCAAACCCUGGCUCUGUAUUUAUCAUCUCUGUGAUUUUAGGCAAGUUAUCAGAGCAGCCCUGGACUGCACAACAGUAGGUUGGGGAUCGUGUACUCUCAUUGGAGUAGCCAUUGGUGACAAAGGAUUCACAAUUUCUCCAGUAGAAAUAAUAAUGGGCCGUACUAUCAAUGGAACGUCAUUUGGUGGUUACAAGGGUAGAGAUUCAAUCCCAAAGCUGGUUACUGAUUACAAGAAUAAGAAAUUCAACCUGGAUGCACUGGUGACCCAUACCCUGCCUUUUGACAAAAUCAAUGAGGCAUUUGACCUAAUGCACCAAGGAAAAAGCAUUCGAACAGUCUUGACCUUCUGAAGAAGCCAGGAACAAUUUGGAAGACUAUCUGCCUGAAUCUGAACCUGAUAAUCUGGUUAAUUUAUAACCUGAUAUGAUGAACCAAAGAUCACCAUGAAUUUAAAUAAAUAUUUACAGUUAACAUCUCAACAUCAAAUAGCUAUAAAGAUUAUAGCAUUUGUAGUAAAAUACAGUAAUAGUUCCUGCGUUAAGUAACUAUAAUAACUGAUGUGUUUAUUAAUAAAAUUGUUUAAAAACUAGUUCUGGAGAAAUGGUAAUAAAGAAUAAAGAGGUAAUAACUAGAUUAGCUACACAUUCACAAUAUUUUAGGUUGGGUGAUACAUAUACGGGUUCUCAGUACACUGCUCUACUUUUGAAUAUGCUGCACAUUUUUCCAUAAUAAAAAAAUUUUACUAGAAAAAAAAUCACAUGUAUAUAUACAAAAGGUACAUAUAUCUUUAAAGUAUAUAUCACACAUAUGUAAUGCUGUUAUGUAAUUUCAGAGUUCCAAUAAACU